GAAGAGACGAAGAAAAAAACACCACAGAAGAAAACACACUAGAUAUCCAACAAUCUUCCCACACAGGACAAAAUGGAAAAGAAAAUCAGUCCUCGAGUGUCCAAGAGCUCUGCGCAGCGCCUAAGCAGGGAUCUCACCUGCUCCAUCUGCCUGGACCUGUUCAAGCGCCCGGUUUCCUUGCCGUGCGACCACACUUUCUGCGAGGCCUGCAUUAUGAGUUACUGGAGCGGUCCUCGUGGAAAAGGCCAGGGUGGAUCGGGUUCCUGUCCUCAGUGCCGGAAAGUCUUUCCAGGCCAUAGCUACAGACCCAACCGCAUCGUGGCCAACAUCGUGGAGAGCUACUGCCAGGGGAUCGAGGAAAGUGGGGAUCGGCUGACCAGGUUAUCAGACACGUUUCCUCCAACCCCACUUUGCAGUCGACACAGAGAAGAGCUGAAGCUGUAUUGUGAGGAAGACCAGGAGCUGGUGUGUCUGGUGUGUGGGAUCUCUCAGGAUCACCGGGCUCACACGCUGGUAUGCCUGCAAGAUGCAGAGCAGAGAUAUAGGGCUUCUCUAACCACUUCAGCAAAUGGUCUUCAAAAAGAGCUCAACACUGCUCUAGAGUGUGAGAGAGAGACUGAAGAGGAGGUGAAGAAACUGAAGGACCACACUGCAGAUCUGAAGCAGAGAAUCGAGGCACAGUUCAGCGAGCUUCAUCAGUUCCUGUACCAGGAAGAGAAACUCCUGCAGGUCAAGCUCAAGACAGAGGAACGGCGAGAGCUGAUAAGGCUGGAUGAGCACAAGGCCCUACUCAGUGUGGAGAUAUCACGCCUGCGCAGAGCUAUGAACGACAUCGAGGACAAACUCAGUGAAAAGGAUCCUCACACACUACUCAGGAGUAUAAAGGGCCUGCUUCAAAGUAGGCAGCCACCGAAGUUUGAGAAGCCAGCACUGACGCCCCCCAGACUGUGUGAGGGUCGCUUCGCUGGGCCCCUGCAGUACAGAGUGUGGAAGUCACUGAAGCUAAGCAUCUAUCCAGUUCCCUCAGCCAUCACAUUUAACUCCAAAACAGCCAACCCCUGGCUCAGUCUUACAUCUUCGCUCACCUGUGUGCGCUACCAGACCUUCAACACCACGGUGCAGGACAAUCCACAGCGAUUCAAUGCCGCGCUGUCUCUCUUGGGCAGUCAAGAGUUCACUAAAGGACGCCACUACUGGGAGGUGGAGGUGUACAGCAGCACCGUGUGGACCGUGGGAGUCGCUCGUGAAUCCGUCACGAGAAAAGGUGUCAUCAAUACCAUGCCUGCCAAUGGCUUCUGGACGCUCUCACUAUCAUAUGGAGUUCAGUAUAUGGCCGGGACAUCUCCGCCAACAUUGCUGUCUUUGGAAGAGCCACUGGCGAGGAUCGGCGUGUAUCUGGACUACAAAAGAGGCCUGGUGUCCUUCUACAAUGCCGAGAGCAUGACACACCUCUACACCUUCAAGGACACCUUCACCGAGACCCUCUACCCUUAUUUUAACCUCGGCUUCCUGGAUAAAGUGCAUGAAAAUGAGCCUCUUAAAGUGUUCCUACCUAAAAUCUGAAAUUUUCUUUCAUAAUAUUAAUAUUUCUUUUUUUAUAUAAACACUAGGCUGGACCUGGAUAUUUUAAGUUAAGCCUUUUUAGACAUUUGUUUAAAGGUAAAGCAAUUAAUGAGACUUGCAAAAAAUAAAAUAGCUAAUACAAAUAAAUAAGUAAAUAUAUAACAUCUUAACAUUCCAAUGGGUUAGUGGAGGCACAUGGAACUUGGAAUAUGAAACCAAGUCAUUAAAAACAGUUUGAAACCAUGGCUUAUGACCCUUCCACCACGUUAAAGUUACCAAGCAUCAGUCCAGGCAGAUAUCAUAUAUUCUACAUGUUUCUGUGAUAUUCCUAGGUUUUAUAAACAAAGGCUGGUCAGCAUGGUCGUAACUACACCUUUGUAAAAGCAAAAAGCAUUUUUUUCAAUUGACAGCCAUUCAAAAUUGGCUGUGUAUUUUAAGCUACAUAUAAUCAAAAGUAUUUCAGUAUAUUACAGUAAAUAUUUAGCCAAUGACUGAUUCUUUUUAGAUUAUCUUAAAAGCGUUAAAAUAGACUUAUCUCUACCUCUAUCUGCUGCCUCUGACAUCACAGUUUAUGCAUGUUCUUGUGCCAUCAGCCAAUCAACAGAGUUAUUAGUGAGCAAAGAUGGACACAAGCAUACUUCCACUGCCACUGAGAUGAAUGGGAAUGCUAAUAUAUAUACACUACAGACCUCACUGCUGAGCAAAAAAAUAAAUAAAGUUCAGGUAAAUGGCAUCUUACACUUGCAGCAGCUUCAAACUAGGCUUCUG